UUUCAAUCCCUCGAAACCCUAAUUUCUUUUUCCUUAGACCCUUGAAGGAGCAACAAUAAAGGAGGGAUUUUGAUGUGAAAAUCAUGUGCACUUGCCAUGUUCUUGAAUGAAAAUUCUUUGAUGGAAUAGAAGACAUGGGCUAUAUGGUUUUCACUCAGCAAUCAAUUGGUGGAGUUCAUUAUAUUCAUGGUUUACAUUCUCCAUACUUUCACUCAAACACCAAAUACACCAUUCAUCGAUGUUUGCCAAUAAGAGUUUCUGCUGUUCAUCUUGAUUGCUCGCAAAACGAUACAAUCGGUGUUUCAAAGGGGUCAUUGCCAGGGGUUCAACUAGGUGGAGUUAAUAAUGCUAACCUUAGUUUGGAAAGGGCGGUGGUCUCUAGUAAAUUUAAAUCCUUGGCUCCAUCAAAUUCGAACUCCGGAACAGGACAUAUGGAUGGGUACUUUGUCGACCAUGAUGAAAUAACAAACAAUGAUAUCCUCCAGAGUUUGUGCGAGAGUGGGAAGAUUGUGGAGGCUUCUAAUUUGAUUGACCUCAUGGCAAGAUUAGGCCAGGUUCCUGACGUCCAAUCUUGCGUGAAUGUAAGCCGGGGAUUAGUGAAUAGUGAUAGAUUGGAUAAGGCCAGCCGUGUUCUUCAGUUAAUGGUUUUGUCUGGUGGCGUUCCUGACAUCAUAACCUACAACAAAUUGAUUGGGGGCUUCUGCAGGAAAAGGCAGUUGAAUGAUGCUCUCAAUAUUUUGGAAGACAUGGAAUUCGGAGGUUGCCCGCCUGAUGUGAUCACAUACAAUACCUUAUUUCGGUGCAUGUUUGACCAAGGCAUGUACAAUGAUGCCAUUUGCUUUUGGAAAAAUCAGUUGAGAAAGGGCCAUCCUCCAUACCUUAUCUCUUAUACGGUACUUCUUGAACUCUUAUGCAAGAAUUGCGGCAUUGAACGGGCAAUGGAAGUCUUGGAGGAUAUGACAUUCGAAGGAUGCUAUCCUGACACUGUGACAUAUAACUCCCUCUUAAAUGUGACAUGCAAAGAAGGCAAAUGCGAGAACACAAAAGUGGUACUUGAGGGCCUUCUGAAAUACGGAUUUGAACCAAAUGCAGUGACUUACAAUACCUUGCUUCAUUGUUUCUGCAGCAGUGGUAAGUGGCAGGAAGCAGAUGAGAUACUUUCAAUCAUGUAUAGUGUAUCUCCUCCCACCGUUGUCACAUACAACAUCUUAAUCAAUAGCUUGUGUAAGUACCGUCUUUUGGACCGGGCGAUUGAUGUCUUGGAUAAGAUGAUUUCCGAGGGAUGUUGUCCUGAUAUCGUGACUUACAACAUUCUUCUUUGCGCAUUGUGCAAAGAAGAGUUGACAAAAGAGGCUUUGGAUUUGCUUCAUUAUCUGAGAGAAAAUGGCUACUCCUUGGUUCAAAUCACUUACAACACCCUCAUCGAUGGGCUCGCAAAGAAGGGGGAGAUCGAGCAAGCUAUGGUUCUAUUUGAUGAGAUGGUCAAAGACGGGAUAAGCCCUGACGACAUUACAUUCGGAUCACUGGUAAUGGGAUUUUGCAAGAAAGGCAUGCCGGACGAGGCGUUGGAGAUGUUGAAUGAGAUGAAGAAGAUAAAAUGCCGAAUUAGAGGUGGUACUUUUGUGCUUGUGAUUCAAAUGCUUUGUAGGAAGAAGAUGAUCGAUAUGGCUGUUAAGGUGUUGGAGAUGAUGAUUACGAGCUGUAAUAAGCCGAAGAAAUCGAUGUAUGCUGAGUUAGUGAAAGGAGUGGCUGCUGCCGGUAUGGGAGAUGAGGCUGCUGAACUACAUAAGAAGUUGGUGCAGUACAAGAUCAUGUUGUAGCCAUAGAGAUGCAAAUCUCUUAUCAAUUUUGGUUGUUUCUUCUUUCCAGUGUACUUAUGCCUGCAAAUUCAGUACUUAAACUUAAUCUACUGUUUUAUUGUUUCUCCAA